AUGCGCUGCUCGGGCUCCCGAGUCCGCUGCGGCUCGGCCCGAGGUCGCGGCCGCCCUCUGGGCCUGUUCAGGGGCUUCUGCGAAGCCGGGUCCGCAGCCCCACUGCGCAGGCCGCUGAACGGGCAGGGACAACCACUGAGGGCUCAACGUGCUUCCCCGGCCCCGGCCCUUCCCCCAGUGGGGAGCACAGGACACCACGCAGCAGCAGCGGUGCUUCAGAAGGUCGGGCCCCAGGGGUCCGCGGCGUACGAGUUCCUGUCCGUGGACUGCGCGGAGAAGAAGUGGGAAGGUCCGGCAUCGAGUCGGAGAGCCGUGUGCCGGAACAUCGUGCCAGAAACUCACCGCAGCAUGGCCUCACCGGGUGAGACUAGGAUGGAGAAAUCAGAACUGCCUCGAGGGCAGGAAGUUUCUAAAGGAUCGGGGUCAUCUGAUGGGACAUCAGGAUGCCUGUACGGGGUGGUUCCUGGGGGACCAGGAGCUGGAAAUGUCGCUGAAGGUGCUUUAGGGAAGCUAGAACCCUCCGAGGAGGAAGGGAGCAGCCGGGAGAGUGAUUUCCUGCAAGUAACACGUGAGGAUGAAAACAAAUCCGCAAAAGAUGGAUGUGAUGACUGUCAGGAACUUGGGGAACGUCCCAAUCUGUCUUCCAGUCCUGCAGAACAUCAGGUUCUGAAGUCACAGAAAUUCUACCAAUGUGACGAAUGUGGCAAAGCUUUCAGUUGGAGCUCACACCUCAUUGGCCAUCAGAGAAUUCACACUGGAGAGAAACCCUAUGAGUGUACCGAGUGUGGGAAGACCUUCAGGCAGACCUCUCAGCUCAUUGUUCAUCUGAGAACCCACACGGGGGAAAAGCCCUAUGAAUGCAGCAAGUGUGGGAAGACCUACCGGCACAGCUCCCAUCUCAUCCAACACCAGAGGCACCACAACGGGGAGAGACCGUACAAAUGUAACGAAUGCGGAAAAGCCUUCACUGAGAGUUACAAACUCUAUGACCACCAGAGAACCCACACUGGGGAGAAACCUUAUGAGUGUGGUGAGUGUGGAGCGGCCUUUACUCGCAAUAAAAACCUUGUCCGACAUCAGGUGCUUCACACUGGUGCGAAACCCCACAAGUGUAACGAGUGUGGGAAAGCUUUCUGUUCUAAUAGAAAUCUUAUUGAUCAUCAGAGAAUCCACACUGAGGAGAAGCCUUAUGAGUGUAUUGAGUGUGGCAAAGCCUUCAGUCGGAAUAAAAGUCUUAUUCGACAUCAACGACUUCACAGUGGGGAAAAGCCGUACAAAUGUAGGGAGUGUGGGAAAGCCUUCAAUCAGAACUCUCAUCUGGCUGACCAUGAGCGCAUUCAUACUGGAGAAAAACCUUUUGAAUGUAAUGAGUGUGGAAAGGCAUUCGGCCUGAGCAAAUGUCUUAUUCGACAUCAGAGACUUCACACAGGUGAAAAGCCCUAUAAAUGCAGUGAAUGUGGAAAAUCCUUCAAUCAAAACUCAUACCUUAUCAUACACCAGAGAAUUCACACUGGUGAGAAACCUUAUGAAUGUACCGAGUGUGGGAAGGUCUUCAGUCAUAAUUCUAGCCUUAUGGUGCAUCAGAGAACCCAUACUGGGGAGAGACCUUAUAAAUGCCGUGACUGUGGGAAAGCCUUUAGUGACAGCUCACAGCUCACUGUGCACCAGAGAGUUCACACUGGCGAGAAACCCUAUGAAUGUACUGAGUGUGGGAAGGCCUUCAGCCAGCGUUCCACUUUUAACCACCACCAGCAAACUCAUGGAGAGAAGCACUCAGGUCUGGCUCGGUCAGUUUCCUAAGGCCUGAGUUUCCAAGGCAGAGAGCAAGGCACUUUGAAUUAAGCCUUCUUUGUAAGAUGGAUGUUUACCCUGAUCCCUUCUAGGAACCACUAAUGAAAGUGGGCCGUCCCCUAAGUGCUGUCUGCGGGGUCA